AUGAUAUUUCUAUUGUGUUUAAUAACUUAUGUGAAUUUCAUUACAUCGAAUCCAACGUCACAAUCAGAUUACCUUCUACAAGAAGAAGCUAAUACAACAAUCUCAGAUUUGAACGAAGAUUUGACUGGGGAGUUUACAGUUACUGAAAUGUCUGAACCCAUCAUAAAAUCUGACCAUGAUGCUUCAUCGGUUGAAGAAGUUACUUCAAAUGAACCGGACGAAACAACCACUGAAUCUGUUGAACCUAUGUUCGACAAUGAUCAACACAACGUUUGCUCAUUAUUCCAAAUUGCACUUAUUAUCUUAGUGAGAUUCAAUGAAAUUGAUUCCAAUGAUUACAUAUAUUCAAAAUCAAAUGAAGAUGAAAUUUCAUCCAUCGGAAAGACUGAUUCUGGACAAGAUAUAGAGCCGUCAAUCGUUUCUGAUGUUUUUGCAGAAAGUGUUGAUAGUUUGAAUGAAACCACAAACGUAGACAGUCAUAAAGAAGGAACAUCUAACUUGAAUUCCUCUGAGUCGAUUGUAGUGGCUGACGUUGCUAACACUGAGACUGUUGUCAACUUAACCUCAAAUCCUCCAGAAUCUACGAUAGGAAAUUCUGACAACAAUUCAGAUAGCAGUGACAACUCAGAUGUUUCCUCUACUCUGACGACAGAAACUGAUACUACUCAGAAUGAUAUCGUUGUUCCGAUAAUUGCAGAGGGUUCAGAAAAUCAUACAGAAAGUACCUCUACUGUGACAAGUGGUGAAAAUGAUACAGAAAGCACUUCUACUGUGACAAGUGGUGAAAAUCAUACAGAAAGCACUUCUACUGUGACAAGUGGUGAAAAUCAUACAGAAAGCACUUCUACUGUGACAAGUGGUGAAAAUCAUACAGAAACAGUUAUAUCUGAUUCAACCUCAGAAAAUCUUGAUAACCAUACAGAAGCCCCUACAGAUGCUAAUGCACCUUCUCCUUUGAUAGUAGCCGUUGGUGAUCUUUGUAAAGAGUUUGGCAUUUACAUGGACACACAGUUGACUAGUCUAACAUCAGGAGACUUGAAAAAUCAGACAGAAAGCACUGGUAACUCAGAUAUAACCCCUUAUACACAGGUCCAUAGCGUUGACGAAAAUCGUACUGAUGACUCUCACUUAGAGUCAACUUCAGAAAGUGUUGAUAUUCGAGCACAAACUUCUACAGAAACACCUAAAUAUCCUUCUCCUUUGAUGAAACUAAUUGAUAACCUUUGCAAGGUGUUCACUAACACAAAUGAAAUUAUCUCUGAUACAACAGAAGAACCUACCGAAAUCAUCACAACAACUGAGACAAACAACAUCAAUGAGUCAGAAACCAAGUCUACCGACAACGAAACACAAAGUGUUUCCAAUAUUUGCAUUAACACUAUGUGUGCAAAUGAAACAGGCACAACAACUGAACAACCAAGUACUACCGGUGCAGUAUUGCAUCAUUUAAAUCUUUCUGAUAUAAAGAGUAAGAAGUGUAAAACAAAGAAAUCAGAUGAAGAUGACUGUGAAACCGAUUCAGAAAAUGAAGAUGCCUCGGAAGGAACCGAUAGUGACGGUGAUAGUAAUGAUGAAAGUGACGAUGAUAAUGAAUGA